UUGUUGACUUCUGUCAUGACUCUCGUUGUACUGUUUGGGCUUUUCUUCCUGCUUUCAGACGUUUUAAGUGAGUGUCCACUUGGUUGGCAACAUUAUGAAAAAACUUGUUACUGGUUUAGUACUACGGGAUUACCUUGGUAUUCAGCAGCGAGUUCCUGUAGAGGCCACAGCGCGGAAUUAGCUUCAGUUCAGACUGCUACAGAAAAUGCAUACCUAAAAUAUUUUGCAACUGCUUUUGGACACGAUUACUGGUUAGGUGGUAAUGAUGAAGUUAUUGAGGGAUCAUGGACAUGGGUAGCCACAGACGCCCCUGUCGAUUAUGAUGGCUGGAGUCCAGGAGAACCUCAGGGGGCAAGAGCAGAAAAUUGUAUGGCGUUUUAUACGAGUGUUAACUACAAUUGGGUCGAUGCUCAUUGCACAAAUUCGCUUAGAUUUAUCUGCGAAAAACCAUAUCCGGAAUCCGGACCAGGACAUGGCAUUGGAAAAUAG